AACACAAUAAACAAACAGUUCUAUUUGUGUUAAUAAGAAUGUUUUCAACAAGAUUGGUAAUACUUGUUCUAUUAAUAAAAUACAUUUCUGGAAAGUCAUUGGAUGGCGUUUUUUCCUUAUAUCCUGGAGUUCAUCAUUUAGAAAGAUUCUGUUUUGAUGUUAAUGGUGUGCUUAAGUUUACUUUAAAUGCCACAGAUGAAAACUUACAUUUGGUUUUGUUAACUGAUAGAGAAUGGUAUAAUGUUAAAAAUAAUACUUGUGAAGAAGUAAAAGCAAUUACACAUCAUGAUGUUGCAUUGAAUUCAGCAACAAAAGUUUAUCAUUUUCAUCCAACUCAAAAAAAGUCACCACAGUAUUUGAAUUUGUGUUAUGUUAGGUGCAAUAGUUCAACUGAUAUUGCAUACAAUAUUGAACUUAUGAAUCAAUUUUAUGUUGAUGGGCAAUAUUCUCACUUUGAUUAUGGAGAAUCAGAUCUCCCUAGUUUCAACCAGUUUUUUUUAAUUGCUUAUUUGGUUGUAUUUGCUAUGUAUGGCAAUCGAUUGUAUGCCAUUGUAAAGAAAGGAGGGCCCAUGCAUAUGGUCAGGGCAUUGAGAAUGCUUACCACAGCACAAAUACUUCGACUUACUUCAUUCUUUUUCAUGCUUAUACAUUACUACAGAUAUUCUAUUAAUGGGUAUGGUUUUCCAGUUAUCUUAUAUCUAUGUAAAGUUAUUGAUGGAUACAACCACUACCUGAUGUUAAUAAUGAUAACAAAGUUAGCUACAGCUGGUAUUCUUUCAUCCUCAAGUACAUUUUUAAAUAAUGAAAAAUUGACGCAUUAUAUAAUAAUAUUCAUUACUAUAUUUCAGACAGUUUUCAUGCUGUUCAGCCAAAUAUUCUUCUUGUUGAUGCUCAGAAUUUUUGUAGCAUUUAUUACUGCUUAUUUCAUUCAAAAUGCAAUAGUUAAAGAACGUAGUGCUCUGAAACGAGAUUUUUACCACAAGUUGGUUCGGGAUAAUUAUAUAUUGUGGUGGUCACUGCCAUUUGCUGCUAUCUCUUCUAUUAUCUUUGCUGAGUAUCAUCAUCAAAAGCUUAUCGCUUUUGUUACGACAGUAGGCCAAACGAUUUCAGCUUUGUUUAUGUAUCAGCUUUUUAUUUCAAGGAGUUUGUAUUGGGAGGUAUCCUCUCUAUCCUCUGCAACACUUCCUCUAAGAGUUGAUAACUCAUUUGGAAUGAAAAAGUACACCAGUUGAUUUUGAUGCAAAUGAAACAUUAUAUGAAUAUAUAUAUAUAUAUAUAUAUA